AUGUGGUUAUUAGACACGCAUACCUUGGAGCUAAAGCUGUUCCAGAACUCUCCCACUGGCAACAACGGCAGUACAUACGCCAUCCUGUCGCACGUAUGGAGUGCAACAGGGGAGCAAAGCUUUCAGUCUCCGACGGACAUCAAAAACGACGAACGGAUCUCAGCGAAAAUUCGGAGCUGCUGUGCAUUCGCCCGGACCAUGGGGUAUCGGUAUCUCUGGAUCGACUCCUGCUGUAUCGACAAGACGAGCAGCGCUGAGCUCUCGGAAGCGAUCAACUCGAUGUACGAAUGGUACGCGUGCGCGGCCGUGUGCUUUGCCUUCCUAGAGGAUGUCGGCGACGACCAGGAUCCCGCUGCGAAGGAGUCGGACUUCAGGCGGAGCAGGUGGUUCAGGCGAGGCUGGACGCUUCAGGAACUCAUCGCUCCCCAAGACGUGCUGUUUCUGUCCAUGAACUGGCAUAUGCUGGGUACGAAGGAGGACCUCGCGGAUGUCAUCGAGGAGAUCACGGGCGUCGACUGCGCUGUGCUUCUCUUCGAGAAAACUCUGGAUUCGGUGAGCGUGGCACGUCGGAUGUCGUGGGCCUCCAAAAGGGUUACUACGCGGGUCGAAGAUGAGGCGUACGCCCUCCUGGGCAUCUUUGGGAUCUGCAUGCCUACCAUCUACGGAGAGGGCCGGAACGCAUUCCUGAGACUGCAGGAGGAGAUCCUCAGGACGAUACCCGACCAGACUAUUUUCGUCUGGGGCUCCACGCGGGACUCGAUCAUCGACGAGAGUGAGUGGUAUAACCUACCUCGCAUCGGACUGCUGGGGGGAGGGACGGCUCGCUCCGUUACCCCACAUGGUCGCCUAUAUGUCGGGAGAGGUGCCACCUUCUCAAUCGAAUCGCACCUGUUGGCCGAUACCCCCCCGUCUCUUCUCCAAUUCCUCUAA